AUGUCUCAGCUCCUGGAAAGGAUGACUUCUGUCCUGUGGCUGGCCCUGGCCUCCUACAUUCUGACCCUGUCAUCUACAGAGCAGCAGGGUUACAGAAACUCCACCAACAGUGGUUCCUAUGAAGAGGACUUGGAUUGCGGAGCCCCUGGCACCCCAGAGGCCCAGCUCUGUUUUGACCCCUGCCAGAAUUACACCCUCCUGAAUGAACCCUUUCGAAGCACAGAGAACACAGAGGAUGUCCAAGGCUGUGACAGUGACAAACACGGCUGGUACCGAUUUGUGGGGGACGGAGGAGUGAGGAUGCCGGAGGACUGUGUCCCCACAUUCCGAUGCCAGACGUCUGCACCCCUGUGGCUGAAUGGCACCCAUCCCGGCCUUGGGGAGGGCAUCGUCAACCGCACCGCCUGUGCCCACUGGAGUGGCAACUGCUGCCUCUGGAAGACAGAGGUGCUGGUGAAGGCCUGCCCGGGCCCAUACCACGUGUACCGGUUGGAGGGCACCCCUCAAUGCAAUCUGAGAUACUGCACAGACCCUGCCACCUCGGAGCACAAGUGUGACAAGACCUGCCGCCCCGAGGAGGAGUGUCGCCUCGUCAGUGGCACCUGGGGCUGCUUCUGCAGACAGGACCUCAACGUCUCCGAUGUACACAGUUUGCAGCCUCAGCUGGACUGUGGGGACAAGGAGAUCAAAGUGUCACUGGACAAGUGUCUGCUGGGAAGCCUGGGUUUUGGAGAUGAGGUCCACGCCUACCUGCGGGACGGGAACUGGAACUGCAGCAGCCUCAGUCAGAGUGAAGAGAACUGGAUAUCCGUGACCUAUCCCACCCAGGCUGGUGCCUGCGGAAACAUUCUGGAGAGAAACCAGACCCAUGCCAUCUACAAAAACACCCUCUCCUUAGUCAACGAUUUCAUCAUCAGAGACACCAUCCUCAGCAUCAACUUCCAGUGUGCCUACCCACUGGACAUGAAAGUGAGCCUUCAAACGGCCCUGCAGCCCAUUGUAAGUUCCCUGAACAUCAGUAUGGAAGGGGAGGGAGAGUUCACUGUCAGGAUGGCCCUCUUUCAAGACAAGGACUACAGGUCUCCUUAUGAAGGGACUGCAGUCGCGCUGUCUGUUGAAUCCAUGCUCUAUGUGGGCGCCAUCUUGGAGAGAGGGGACACGUCCCGAUUUAACCUGGUGUUGAAGAACUGCUAUGCCACGCCCACUGAAGACAAGACUGACCCUGUGAAAUACUUCAUCAUCAGGAACAGCUGCCCAAAUCAACGUGAUUCCACUAUCUCCGUGGAAGAGAAUGGGGUGUCAGCAGAAAGCCGGUUCUCAGUUCAGAUGUUCAUGUUUGCUGGAAAUUAUGAUCUAGUUUUCCUGCAUUGUGAGGUUUCUCUCUGUGAUUUCAUUAAAGAAGAGUGCCAACCGUCUUGCUCAAGAAGUCAACUCCGCAGUGAAGGAGUGGCUAUCGACCCAGCCCGAGUUCUAGACCUGGGACCCAUCACUCGCAAAGGUGCCCAGCCUCUUGGUGUCAUGAGUGGAACACCCAACACUGCAGGAUUCCUGGUGGCCUGGCCCAUGGUUCUCCUGCCUGUCCUCCUGGCUGGGCUGUUCUGA